AAGUGCGCUGUUGUAUGAUGGGAUCAGUGCGCGAGUUUUCUGCGCAUGUGCCGGACUAGCUGCUCAGGAUGCUGCUGUUGCUACUGUCGCCGCUGCUGCUGCUGCUACAAUGCUCGUUAACCAGUGGAGCCACCGAUCCCAUAUACCUGGUGACAGUCACAUCCCAGGCGGUGGGUGGCAGCACAGAGACUCUCUGUGCACAUGUCAAUGAGCCCAAAGAACCACUGUCUAUAGUGGUAACUUUGAGGACUGAUGAUCGCAACCUGACCAUUCUACAGCAGGGCUCCAUUAAAAAAGAUUUCUACAAAUGUGUCCGUUUUAAGGUCCCUGUAGUCACUGUGGAGUCUGUGGCAUCCGUCGAUGUUGUAAUCCGUGGGGACAAAUCACUGAACCUGAACAAAACCACUAAGAUCCUCAUAAAUCCCCCUUUUCAAAAUCUUCUUUUCAUCCAAUCAGACAGGCCUAUCUACAAGCCUGGGCAAACAAUUAAAAUUCGCAUUGUGUCUUUGGAUUCCAAUUUAUUGCCUCACAAUCAAGUGUUUCGAACUGUAGAACUCCAGGACCCUUAUUCAAAUCGCAUUGGUCAGUGGUUGAAUCGGACCACAAGUGUUGGCAUUUUGGAUUUGUCCUACUCCAUGUCUCCAGAAGCUGCUCAGGGUUACUACACGAUCAAUGCUUGGGAUGAUAAAAACCAACAAAUAUCACACGGCUUUGAAAUUAAAGAAUAUGUUCUUCCAAAAUAUGAAGUGAACAUCGAUUUUCCAUCUGUUAUAACCAACCAGGACAAAGAGGUCACUCUGAAAGUUUGUGCAAAAUACACUUAUGGCAAGCCUGUGCUGGGGUCUGUGAAUGCUGAAGUGUGUGGGCAGAGCUAUGGUUACUAUUGGAGGAGGAGACCUCUCCCUGAGAUGGUUAACGUAUGCAAGAAAUAUACAAUGAAGACUGACAAGACUGGCUGUGGGUCUCAGGUGAUAAAUGUGACAGAAUUUGGCUUGUCUUCAGGAGGAUCUUUCCAAGUGAAUUGUAACGUGGAAGAAUCUGGAACAGGGCUGACUAUGCAGGGAUCUACCUCCGCUGUGUUUACCAGUGAUUAUGUCAGUGUUCACUUUGAGGACACACCAGAUACAUACAGGCCUGGCAUGGCCUUUAAGGGAAAGGUUGUGGUCACUAAUUCACAGUCCAGUGUGAUGAAAAAUGUGCCGGUGAUUCUAUAUGCACAAUAUGGUGAAAAAAGUGUCAAUAUGACGUUGACGACAGACAUCAAUGGCACUGCCCGUUUCUCCUUUAACACUUCAAGUUGGUCAGAAUUACCCGUGGAAUUACGGGCCCAUCAUAAGGAGGGUAAAGAACCGAUGGAUUUUGAAGCUUAUAGAUAUUAUCCAUCAGGCUAUCACUACGUAAGACCCUUUCACUCCAAUAGCAAAAGUUUCCUGAUGUUGACGAAGGCUCCAGAGAAGCUCAGCUGUAACAGUGAUGCAACAGUGACGGCCAGUUACAUCAUCAGCAGCAGUGCGCUGAAAACAGGCCAGAAAACGCUGGAUUUCUUCUAUAUUGUCUUGUCCAGAGGCAGCAUGGUUCAAAAUGGUCGUCUGUCUGUGAACACCAGAAAAGAAAACAAAGGAGAACUGACAUUCACACUGAAGAAGACAGCAGCCCUAACUCCAUACGCUCAGGUGGUGGUUUACACAGUUCUCCCCAAUAGAGAAACUGUAGCAGACAGUAUGGACUUCCCCAUUGAAGAAUGUUUGCCAAACAAGGUGUCCUUACAGUUCUCGUCUCCCACCGCACUGCCUGGAGAGAAGACAUCUCUUAACCUGAAAGCCAAUCCAGGUUCCUUGUGCUCUGUGCGGGCCAUUGAUCAGAGUGUGCUGCUGUUGAGACCAGAGGCCGAGCUGGAUGCAGCUGCUGCCUUUAGAUUGUUACCAUUUCAGAGUUUGUCAGGUUACCCAUAUGAAGUUGACGAGUGGGAGCCUUACCCAUGCCUAUAUCCCUGGGAAGAGAUAAUCCCAUUUGCUGAGCCCGCAAGGCGCAAACGAUCCCUCUUUCGCCCUUACUAUGGCAACAGAAAUGAUGUCUACAACAUCUUUAGAGCAGUUGGAAUCAAAAUCGCUACAAACUCUGACAUAAAAGAACUUCGUAUUUGUCAAUAUGGGGAUAUGUCAAUAGGGGGACGAGAUGUUAUGGAAGACAUGAAAAUAGCCAGCUCGGGCAUUGGUUUGGAUCCAAAUGUGGAAAAACAUAGUGAGAAUAUGCGCAAAUUCUUUCCAGAAACCUGGAUAUGGGAUCUUAUAUCAGUGGGGCAAUCAGGAUCUGUAGACGUUGCAAAGACUGUCCCGGACGCCAUCACUAAAUGGGCAGCAGGGGCUUUCUGCACAUCCCGUGUCGGGUUUGGAGUGGCCCCCAAGACUAAUCUCACUGCUUUCAAGCCCUUCUUUGUGAGCCUCGCCCUCCCUUACUCUGUUAUCCGUGAGGAGACGUUCACUCUCAAAGCCACUGUAUUCAACUACCUCCCCAAAUGUAUCAUGGUGAAGGUCACACUGGCAGGCUCACCGCAGUUCACCGCUCAGCCGUGCAAAGACUGCACUUACACUCAGUGUGUUUGCUCUGAAGAAAGCCAAACCUUCCAGUGGAUUGUUACACCCUCUGAUCUCGGAAAGGUGAACAUUACAGUGCGCGCUGAAGCGGUGCAGAGCCGAGAACUGUGUGGAAAUGAAGUGGUGACUUUCCCGGACAAAGGCAGAAUUGAUACUGUGAUGCAGAGCAUUCUGGUGGCGGCAGAGGGAACUAAACAGUCAAUCUCUCAGAAUGAAGCCAUCUGUGUAACAGACUGUCCACAGGAGACAUCAGUCUCUCUCACUCUACCUAAAGUAUUUGUCAAGGAUUCUGCAAAAAGCUUCAUCACUGUUCUGGGUGAUCUGAUGGGUCGUGCUCUGAAGAACAUCGGUGAUCUUUUGGCUAUGCCGUACGGCUGUGGAGAGCAGAACAUGCUGAAUUUUGCCCCCAAUAUCUACAUCCUUCAGUACCUGGAAAGCAGUGGGCAGCUCACGCCUGAGAUUAAAAAACGAGCCAUAACCUUCCUGCAGAGCGGCUAUCAGGGACAGCUGAAAUACAAGCAUUAUGACGGAUCUUACAGUGCUUUUGGGACGAGCGAUCCUUCUGGUAAUACCUGGCUAACUGCAUUUGUUAUGAAGAGUUUUGGUGGGGCGAAGAAGUAUAUAUUUAUAGAUCAGACUAACAUCGAUCAGGCAAAGAACUGGCUGAAGCGACGUCAACAGGAGAAUGGCUGCUUCGCCUCUGUUGGGAAGCUUUACCACAUUGGAAUGAUGGGUGGUGUCAAUGAUGAAGUCACUCUCUCUGCAUAUAUCACCGCAGCACUGCUGGAGUUAGGUGUCCAGAAAACUGAUGAAAUGGUGGCAAAAAGCCUUGCAUGUCUGAAGCAAUCUUCCCUUAACAUUACCAACACUUAUGUGACUGCCUUGCUGUCCUACACAUUCACUCUUGCUGGAGAUGAACAGAUGAGGCAGAACCUCCUCUCUAAACUGGACAAGCAGGCCAAGAGAGAAGGUGUUGGACGAUAUUGGACUCUGACUAAUAAUGUGCAACCGACGGGCUCUGUGGAAGUAGAGACAAGUGCUUAUGUGUUGCUGGCGCUGCUCUCUGGACCCACACUGCCUGGAUUUGGACUGAACUACUCUGUUGGUAUAGUGCACUGGUUAACCAAGAACCAGAAUGCAUAUGGUGGCUUCUCCUCUACACAGGAUACUGUAGUAGCACUCCAGGCCCUUGCGAAGUACAGUGCUUCUACCUACAAUCCAGAAGGAUCCAUUACCGUAACCGUAACCUCCCCCUCAGGCCAGAAUAACCAGUUCACCGUGAACCAGAACAACCGUCUACUUUACCAGGAGAAACAACUGCAGGAAGCUACUGGCACAUACAAGCUCAGGGCCGAAGGCAAAGGCUGUGUGUUUGUGCAGUUUGCCUUGCACUACAAUAUCCCACCUCCUCCAGACUCUUUGGCCUUCAAAAUCAAUGCAAGUACUGGGGUUUGCAGCGACACAAGGAACCCAGCUUUUACAUUAACCACCACUGCUAGGUAUAGCGGCACACGAGCGGAGACCAACAUGGUGAUCAUUAACGUCAGGCUCCUGUCUGGGUAUAAGCCGGAUGAGACGUCUCUUCAGGCUCUGAGGGAAGACCCCACCAUCAAACGUCUGGAUCUGGAUGCAGAUCAUGUCUUUUUCUAUUUGGAUAGUCUGAAAAAGAAUCAGGUGAAGUCCAUUAGCCUGCAGCUCGCACAGGAAGUGCCGGUGCAGAACCUGAAACCAGCUGUAGUGAUCGUCUAUGACUACUACAAGAUCAGUGAAAUGUCUGUGACUGACUACACCUCACCAUGUGUAUAAAUACUACCGCGAUGAUCUGAAGUGCUGAUGGCUAAAGAACUGUACACUGGAAUAUAUGGCGAGACAAAUUUAAUACUGUCACUUUUUCUGAUCCUCUGUCAAUUUCUUGUAAUAAAAUCUUAUUGUUCUCUUAAAUCAAAAAUAAUGCAUUUCUGCAUUAUGCAUUUUAGUUGCUAUUAAACAGUUUGUCAGUUUCUA